UUUGUCAAGUUAGUGAACGGGUGAGUGAACAACUUUAGUCACUCUUUGUCCAGGUUUUAAUGUUCUGCUUUGCUUAACACCUCUGGAAUAAAACCGCGGAACUAUUGUCACAUCUAAGGUAGAAGAGUAAACGCCAUGGUGGGAGUGGAGAGCAGGUCUGAGCAGGUGAGGGUGUGAUCCCUCUCCGAUUGGUCCACACACAGACAGACGGCUGGACUGAUCGAGGCUGUCGGAGGAAGGAGAAUGGCUCGAAAUGUUAACUUUGACCUGAACCACCCUCUCAUGGAAGCUGGACUGGAGAGCCCCAUAGAUGAGGAUGGUGUUCAUGACUCAUUCAGCCAGCUGAUAGCGGAGCAGAGUCAGAAUGGAGGAUUGUCUGAAGCCUUCGAGCUGCAGCAGCUGCAGAGACAACUGGAUGAGGAGGGUCGAGACAACGUGCCCUACCUGUCCAGCCCUGGGCGAGAGGUGAAGGGAAGGAUACGGGGGCGAAGGGACGUAGAAUGGGAGGGUGAAGAAACACAGGCAGACCCCCUCGUAGGGGAACGAUGGUCCUCUGCAACCAUGAAGAUCCUCUCCUCCAUGCCCAGUCGCACUAUUGGUCGCAGCAGAGGAGCCAUCAUCUCUCAGUACUACAACAGGACCAUGCAGCUCCGCAGACGGAGGCAGAGCAGACCCGCCAUCAGAGACUUCUCUCGAUCCGCCAGACCGAGCAUACGAGGCUACGGCAUGGAGGGAGACACUACCGACGCAGAGGGAGCAGAGGUGAGUAAGCGGGAACGUUUGGUGAACAACCUGCAGAACCUGUCAGUGAGCGACAGAGUCCGGAUGCUCCGAGCGAUGCCUCUCAGCGUGGCUGAGAAGAGUGAACUCAGGAGGCUAGCUCUACAAAAAGAGAAGGGCACAAUUUCUGGCAGUCGGAUUCCCUGUUGCAGUCAACUCAAAUAUUACAUCAUCAUUGGCAUGAGGCAGAGCUGGUACGGCUGGCUGUCCUUCCUGCACUCCCUGCAGCUCUGGCAGGUCGGCCUCAAGAGAGUCAGCGGACGCUUCGGCAGCGGAGUCAUGUCCUACUUCCUCUUCCUGAAGACCCUUCUGUUCUUCAACAUCUUCCUGUUCCUGGUGACUUUUGCCUUCAUGGUGCUGCCUCAAGCAGUUCACCCUCCACCAGCGCUCCAAGCCAACCGCUCCUUUAAUGGACUGGAGCUGCUCACUGGAGUGGGCACUUUCACUGACUCAGUGAUGUACUAUGGAUACUACAGUAACUACACACUGCAUAAGAGCUGCAGUGAUGAUGGUGGAGAGCAGAAUGACUCCAAUGGAACCAGCUCAGACUGUUUGUCCAAGGGCCUCUCUUACAAAAUGCCCAUUGCAUACUUUUUUACCAUAGGAGUGGCCUUCUUCAUCACAUGCAUCAUCCUCGUGUACAGCAUGUCAAAAUCAUUCGGUCAGAGCUUCCGAAUCGACAAAUCUCACAGUAUCUUGGCCAUGAAGGUCUUAUGCUCCUGGGACUUCAACGUCAUUAAGAAAACCUCCGUCAAACUCAUGUCAGAGAAUAUCUGCACCCAGCUCAAGGAGCUGCUGGCAGAAGUUACUCAUAAACACGUGAUGAAGACGGCGUGCCAGAAGCUGUGGCGGCUGAUGGUUCAUGGUCUGGCGUGGGCCAUCUGCAUCGCCAGCACCAUCGCGUGUGUGCUCGCUAUUUACUUCUUCUCUGGUCACAUGCACCUGAAGCUCCAGCUCACGACUCGUGGUCUCCAAAAGGAGGACCCUGUGGUGAACGAGGCCAGCCUGCUGGCUCUCCCCGUGGUCGUCUCCCUCAUCACCCUGCUGCUGCCCGGCCUCUUCAACCUGGCCGCCUGGAUGGAGGAUUACGAGUCGCCUUCAGUACGCACAUACGUCUCCAUCAGCAGAAACUUGCUGUUAAAGGUUAGCGUUCUGGGAGUGCUGUGCUACCACUGGCUGGGUCGCGUGGCUGCUGACCCUGGAAGUAUUGGACAGGAGUGCUGGGAGAGCUUCGUAGGCCAAGAACUUUAUCGUUUCCUGCUGAUGGACUUCAUCUUCACUCUCCUGGACACCUUGUUUGGGGAGCUUCUGUGGAGGUUGUUUUCUGAGAAGGUUCUGAAAAGGAGAAGGAAACCAGUGUUUGAUAUUGCUAGGAACGUCCUUGACCUCAUCUAUGGACAAACGUUGGCCUGGUUGGGUGUUCUCUUCACUCCUCUCCUGCCUGCAGUGCAGAUCCUCAAACUCUUCCUGCUCUUCUACAUUAAAAAGAGCAGCGUGAUGAUGAACUGUCAGGCUCCCAGGAGGCCGUACAGAGUGAGCCAGAUGACCACCGUCUUCAUCACCCUGCUCUGCUUCCCAGCCUUCGUUGGAGCCUCAGUGUGUGUCACAUACACCAUGUGGAGCAUCAAGCCGUCCUCGUCAUGCGGGCCGUUCAGAGGACUCAAAACCAUGUUCCAGGCGGGGAAACGCUGGGUGGAGGAGCUGGAGCAGCAUAACCCCAACCUGUCCAUGCUGGCCAGAGCUCACUCCUACCUGGUGGAGAACCCCUUCUUCCUCUUUGUGGGAGCAGGCAUCUUCCUGAUCGUCAUCUACUUCCACAGUCAGGUGGUGGACGGUCAGAGGAAGAUCAUCAACUUAUUACAGGAGCAGAUUCAAAAUGAGGGAGAGGACAAGAAGUUUCUGAUCACUCGCCUCCAGUCUAUCCACGAGCAGAAACGAACCCCCGCUAGAAGACUCACCAGUCAGGACUCCAGGUGUUGAGAUCCUGAACCUCCUCUAUUCUCUGAGCACUGAUGUCUGGAGAAAUGUUCAACCAGCCUGCAUAUAACUGGAAAAAUAACAGGGAAGGACACGUGUAUAUAUGACCGAUGGACAUGCAUUUUAGAUUUGGCCAGGAUUUUAAUAGCUGGACUGUUUGUCGAGAGGCAAAACAAACACACAAAGUGGAACAAAGCUGUUAAAUGUCUCAGACGGACAAUAGAACCUGAGGAACCCUAAAGCUGAACAUGAUCACUUUACAUGGAUUCACUCAUUUCGUUAAAGCACUUUCAUAUCAACUGUGAACAAAAGUUUUAUUAUUUCUGUUGCAAAAAACUGUAAGUAGUCUACAAUUUUUUUAACCUUUUUUAAAAAUAUUUUAUCAGUGUGUAUGUUGUACAGUUGGUAAAGUUUGGAUGUUGUGGGUAUAAGUAUGAUAAUACUGGAAAUUAUUUUUUGUUUUUACUUUUUGUUUUCUGAGAUGCUCCUUUCUAGUGAGAACUGUCACUGUAUUGUCAUACUGGAGUAAUUAAAUUAUGUUUUUAUCAUA